UGAGCAGGGCUAUACUGUUGUUGUACGUCUAACCCAGUCGAUGUACCUACGCUAAGCUGACCGAGAACAGGCGUUCCUAGCAGAUGUGGUACGUACAGGCCGUUCCUCGAUAUUGGCUCUCGCAUUCUGGCCCGUGCCCUGUUCGUGGGGAGGAUAUAAAGAGAGGCGACCCGGAGGAUAGAAAGAGAUGGACUGUUAUUCUCAGGGCCAGCUCGCUACGCAUAGCGGCUUCAAUUGGCUUAUCCCUGUGCUGACAUAAUGACAGGGACAAAAUGAGGACUACGACGCAGUCAAAGCGAAGGCCGAGAAGAUCGGUGCCGAACGCAUGAUCAUCCAGGAUCUUCAGCAGGAGCUAGUGGACGAACUUGUUUGGCCAGCUGUGCAAUGCAACGCGUUAUACGAAGACGCUUACCUCUUGGGGACGUCGUUGGCCAGGCCUGUCAUCGCGAGGGCUAUGAUGAAAGUGGCCAAGCAGUAUAACUGUGAAUUCUUGAGUCAUGGAUGCACAGGUAAAGGGAAUGACCAGGUCAGAUUCGAGUUGGCAUGGAGGGCUCUCGAUCAGAAGACAAAGACGAUCAUCCCGUGGCGCAUACCGGAGUUUUGCGAGCGAUUCGCCGGGCGUCAAGCACUCUUGGACUUUGCUGAAUCAAAGGGUGUUCCUGUGACGUCGACUAAGCAAAAGCCAUUUUCAAUGGAUGCCAACCUGAUCCAUUGCUCUUACGAGGCAGGUCUACUCGAGCAACCCGAGCUCGAGCCGCCAGCCGACAUGUGGACAAUGACCGUGGAUCCCAUGAAGGCUCCUGACGAGCCAACCAGGUUCACUGUCCACUUCGAGAAGGGCAUCCCAAUCAAGCUUGAGGUCGGUGGCAAGGUCAUCACCGGCUCACUCGAAAUCUUCAAGGCCGCUAACGAAAUUGGCCGAGCUAAUGGAGUUGGCCGUGUCGACAUUGUCGAAUCAAGGUUCAUUGGUCUCAAGAGCCGUGGCUGUUAUGACACCCCCGGCUUGACGAUCCUGCGCACCGCCCACCGAGAUCUCGAGGGCCUUGUCAUGGACUCCAAGGUCCGUGCCAUCCGUGAUCAGAUGGUCACCUCGAACUGGACCGCCUGUCUCUACAAUGGAAUGUACUUCAGCCCAGAGCGAGAGUUUCUCCACAACUCCAUCGUCUUUAGCCAGAGGCACGUUGAGGGCAAGGUCAAUAUGGUCGCCUAUAAAGGCAACGCAUUCGUUGUCGGACGCUCCAGCGAGACCUCUAACCUCUAUUCCGAGACUGAGUCGUCUAUGGAUACUCUCGAGGGCUUCUCCCCAAUGGACACGAGUGGCUUCAUUGCUAUUCAGGCUAUCCGUCUGGAGAAAUAUGGUGCCCGCAAGAUUAGGGACGGCGAGCCUCUUGCCCCUAUCUAAAUGUAGAUGGUACAAAUGCUGGCAAAAGUAUGUGUUGGACUAAGUGGGGUAGAUAUCAGGUGUAAAACCAGCACCUAUCACUAUGGGACAUGCUUGCUUAUCGAAAUAAGCAUAGAUGUGCCUAAGGUGUAGCUGGACUAAUAGCUUAAUAAGGCUAUAGACUUAUUUAUAAAACAACUACUUUAUAAAACCUUGAAAGUAAAUAAUAGUUAGUAUAAUAUAAUAAUGAAAGGAAGACGGAGCCUCGCACU